AUGAUAAAGUUAAAAGAAGAAACAAAAAACGCUUUUUAUAAUUUAUUGAAAGCAAUAUCAGUAAACGAGUUUCAACAAAUAAAUGAGAAAGACACAGAUGGUUGUACAAUAUUGCACCGAGCAGCACAAGUGUCAGAGCCAGAAAUAGUAGAGCUAUUAAUAAAAAAAGGAGCAAACGUUAACGAGAGAAAUAAUAGAAAUGAAACGCCGUUGCAUCUAGCAGCAUUUUUAGGGCGUAGAAAAAAUGUGAGAGCCCUGAUAAAGAACGGAGCUGAAGUAAAUGCAAGGUCUAAUAACAAAGCAGUGCCACUACAUUUGGCAAGUUUAGCAGGAAGAAUAAGGACAAUAGAAGAACUGAUAAAAGCAGGAGGAGAUAUGAAUGCAAUAGAUAGGUUUGAAUGCAGCCCACUAAACUAUGCAAAAAUUUAUCCGAGGGUGACAAGUUAUCUAGAAAAGAAGGGAGUGAAUAUGAGAGAUGUAGAAGUGAUGAAUGGAGAAGCAAACAAGGCAAUAGAAGAAAUAAUGGAAAGGUGUAAUAAAGGCCCGGAGGGAGAAGUGAUGAGUUUUAAGGAAGUAGUGGAAUUAAUAGAAAAAGAAUCCUUACUACUCGAAGAGAAAUAG